GUUUGUUUUGCGUCACCAUCAGCUGGAGUUUCCUUGUGAGGGACAUCAUGAGAGCUAGAGGAGUUGAGAUGCGUGUAGCACUCCAUAGGAGAAAAUGUCUUUGCAUUAUAUGGAAGACGUCAGCUCACUCUAUCCUCAGAUUCCUACUUCGCUUGAUGAAGCGUCGGGACUGAUGAAGGCUCUCAGGGAUGGCACCGACGAGGUUAAAGGCCUCUUGAAAUACAGCUGUAACAUAAUUCUGGAGUGUCGAUGUUGCCGAGCUGUUUUCCGACAUCCGGAAAAUUUCCGCAAGCACAAGAAUACCGUAUGUCAUGCUUACCAUAGACCGCUCGCACCCUCGUAUGAGCAGGUCAUCAGUUUUCGAAAGAAAAUUGCUGCUAUGUACGAUCCAAACCAACCGACAAGCAGUAAAUUGUUCGGAGAUGGCGAUGACGGCGUUGAGCUCGUCAUAGAUGACACUUCCUACUACGAGAACUAUGAUGGCAUGGAAGAGUUAUGUGGCUAUGACCCAGAAGGCAGUCCAGAACCUGGAGAACUAGUGCUUCUUCCGGAAGAAGGUAUGAUGGUGUGUGGUGUUGAAGAAAUUGAAGAUGAUUUCAUGGAUGAAGUAGAGGAGGGCGAAUACUUACCCGAGGGAAAUUCGCAACUUUUGAUCAGGACGUCAUCGCCCGCUGAGAUCAGUUGCUGUACCGCAGAAGCGAAUUCGCGCAACUCUACGCAUCCUAACAAUUCGGCUGACGAUAGCAUUUCCCUCACGGAAAGUCCUCCACAUGGUCCUAUCGACAUUGCACUUUUCAACGAGAAUUUGUUGGAGUCACCUACUGAAAGCGACUACUUCGGCAAAGAACGUAACGUUAUUGCAUCCACAUUUUCUCUUUCUGUUGCCAAAUAGUUCUUAACGUUGUCCGUGUAAAGUGCGGACCCGUCAGGUUCAUCAACGCAGACAGAUGUGUAGGCAGCGUAUACGUUACCGACUUAGUUUAUGAAGACCAUGUCUAAAAAACUUGAUUUCCUUUCGUGAGCGUUUUGGCGUGCUGAACCCGAACGCUCUCAGGGCGUUUAUAAAGAUUGGAC